UAAGAUACCAGAUUAUCGAGUAUUAUUUGAAAUUAUUGAGUAUCAUAUUUGGAAACACUUGACAGGGUCAGAGUUGAUAGCAUGACAUAUAAUAUAUCUUUAUGUUGUAUAACAACUACAAAUUUUUUUUUACAUCAUUAUGCUCAAAGGAAGGUCAAAUGUUACCGUAUUUUUUUAAUUAAUGAAUCAGGAAGAUAAAACCUUUUAUUUUUUUAAGUAAAUUUAUUGAUUGUAGCUUUUAGUAUUUGUGACUGUGGAAUGCACGCCUGAUCUUGUCAUCCAAGUUUUCUCCUACGUAUUAUUUUUUGCUAUGUAUGCAAUUAAUUACAAUUCAUUCGUGAUUAAUGCUAAUACUGUAAGUUUUAUUCAAAUAAAUAUCUUCUUUACAUAGUAAUUUCUUAUAACUCUCUUAUAAUUUUACAUAGUUAUAAGAAUUUACAAUGAGAAUAAUAUCAAAAAAAUACUGUUGACACUGUAGGUGAAGCUAUUAUUGGACCAACUUCAGCAGAUCUGUAACACAUUGAAAGACGAAAACGAAAUUACUAUUAUAAAGGAAUAUGGAAAUAAUGCGAAGCGUUACACAGCUUUUAUAACCUUGUUUCACGUCUCCAGUUUAUUAUCUAUUAUUUGUUUACCAUUGCUACCGCGCGUUCUUGGUAUUUUCCUGUUCAUACAAGAGACUGAUAUGCGCAGUAUAACAGAGCACGUUAUACCGAAGUAUUUUUUCACGUCAGAAAAAUACUUCUAUUUCAUUGUACUGCAUGUGAAUACAGUUAUUUGUAUAGGAGGGACUACAUUGGUAGCAACAGGAAUGAUGCUCGUAGCAUAUCUCAAACAUGUUUGUGGAAUAUUUAAAAUCGUCAGUUAUCGAAUCGAGAAAGCUAUGAGGAUAAAUAUGCAGGAAAAUGUCAGCCUGAAAGAUGAGUUAAUAAUUUAUAAAGAAAUAAUUUAUGCCGUAGAUAUUCAUCGUAAAGCUAUCAAGUUCUCCGAAUUUAUAUUGUCCAGCUUUCAGGGGUCGCAUUUCUGUUUAAUAAUGGUUGGUGUGGUUUGUUUGAGUCUCAAUCUUUACGGGAUUUCUGUGACUGCGUCACUUGGAAACGACAUCGAGCAAUGUUUAGUACACCUCACGAUUGUAUCUAUCAUUUUUAUAUACAUGUUCUUAGCCAAUUACGCUGGACAAGAAGUUAUCGAUCAUAAUGACAACGUGUAUUCCACCGCGUACAACAUUCGGUGGUACGUAGCGCCUUUGCAUGUGCAGAGGUUGAUACUGUUUCUCUUGCAAAGGGGCAGCAAAGCUGUCAGCCUGAACCUCGGCGGGAUGUUCGUAAUGUCUCUGGAGCUUUUCGCCACGCUAACAAAGGCAUCGAUAUCGUACUUUACCGUUGUGUAUUCUAUGCAGCAGUAAUGCGAGAGUCUUAUCAUCCGACAGUAUAAUAUAAUUUGCAGUAAAGUAGGUGAGUGAAAAAGAAGCGACAACCCAAUUUUUUCAUUUCUAUUAUAUUUACAUCCUUGUUGGAGAUACGUAGAUAGUUGAGGACAUAAUGCUUCUUUGCCUUUUUUUAAUUGUAAUCUAUGUUAUUUGGUAACAUUUGUGAGAAAUAUCAAUAGAUUCUAGAUGUUAAACUGAUUAUGAAACAAGAUAUUUUCAUCAUUCGAGUAAUUUUUAAGUAAACAAAAAGUUUGAUAAAUUGGCUAUAUUCAAUUUAUCAAACUAACUCAGAUUGCUGAAAUCUGUUUUUAUUGAUUGUGUUCACAUUUUUAGAUUAAAUUUAAGGAUAAAAUAAAAUUCACUGUCAACGCGAAAGCUAGAGUUCUAUCGAAUCUGAGCCUAAAAGUUGAAACGAUGAAUGAGCCUACCAGCAGUGUGUUAAACGAUUAUGUACAUCGUUGUAUAAUGAAGCUAAAUGAGUUACAUAAUAAUGCCCUUGAUAGCGUUGAUUGUAUUUUCUAUAUGUUGCACUUUAUGGUCAAAUAACUUACAAAUUCACAUAAUUAUUUAAUUUUGAAUAACAAAUGUCUAUCUAUUUUUAAGAUUAUAUUAUUUUGAAGUCUAUAUUGUGUAAUAUUUCAAGAAAUAAAUAAAUAUAUCUGUUUAAGUGUGUGUUUUUUAAUAGAUCUAACAACCAAAAUAUUUUUAACUUUAGAUAUUACAAAUGUGGAGAACAGUUGCAAUUUAGAAUGUAAUACAAUUUGUAAAUUUUCGUUAUCUUUUUCAUCUAUUUUUGCGAUAAUUGCAUAGCUGAUGUUUAUACAUAGAUACGACUGAGGAAUCAAUGUUCUGUUUAACAAACAAACGUAUCGUGCAAAUAGUAAGGUCGAGUGAGAAAGGACAACGAACAACUACGUUUACGUCGACUUCCAUCAGGAAGUCAUUUCGUGUGAGUGUUUUUCUGCGAGCAAUAGACAUUCGUUGAAUUCCUUUUGGCGCCAAGCGAGUCGCUUAAUCUCUUUUCUCUUUUCUAUAAUAUGAGUGUGUUCCGAUCUUACGGUGAUAUUUCGUACCGUUUAUUUUAUAAUAAAUCAGAUCUUUCACUUUAGAGUUUAAAUGAGAAGUUAUAGAAUUUUUAAUUCGGAGGAAAUAAUGUGACUGUCUAUUUAUAUAUACUA